CAAACAUUGAGAGUGUUUGCGAGAGAGGAAGUGACUUAUGUAUGAUCAAAACUGUAGAGCGAUUGGCCAUGGUCAGAAUCUCCGAGCACUCAAGAUUUCUUCCAUGAUUGGGUUGACCAGGGCUAAGAUAGGUGCAUUAAACGGUUACCACCUUUAGCCACGCACUGGCAAUGAGCCACGGAGACCAGAGUCACGCCAUGUCAGCAAUCCUCAGUGAACUUACGCCCUCUCAGACACCCUCCCACUCCAUCUACUUGCCGCCGGAGAUCCUUGCCAUGGCAAUGGCAUACUGCGAUGAUAAGACUCUCCGAUUACUAGCGCUGUGCAGCAAGCUGUUUCGGGUUAUCUGUACGCCACUACUUUACCAGCGAGACUUACAAUCGCCCGCUCCUCGUUGUGUUGCCUGGGCGAUUUCCGAGGGCGAAGACGACUCCGUUUCACUAUGUGUACUUCAAAGAGCUCAGCAGUUGGGGGCGGAUUUUGAAAGAAGACUGCCGUACGAUUGCUUUCUCGGUCAUUGCGGUACUGACGUCUUUGAACCCCGACGGGACUGCUUAUUCCGAGGUACAGAGCUGCUGUCAGCUUUUCAGCUUGCUCUUCUGUUAGGUCGCGACAAGCUUGUUGCUUUUCUUUUGCAGAACGGAUUUCAUGACCAGGAAGUAAUCAUCGACAACAAAGUUUGGUCUUUGCUUCCGUUCAAAGCGACUCAUGCUUCUCUUUGGGAACUAGACACCUCGAUUGCCCAGCUCUCUGCAUCGGACGGGCGUUUUCAAACCGCUUUCGAGCCAUUCAUUCAGUACAACGAGUUCGGGCCAACCUUUGCGAGGCUUGGAACACUUUCUUUCGCGCCCUGGUUUCCAAUGUCGCAAGAGGAAAUUCUACAGUAUGUGUACGAGUGUGGAGUCAGUAGCUUCAAUAUGGGUCCGGAAUUCGAAUUCAAACGUAGGAGAAUGUUUGUUGUUAAAGCGAAAUCUUUCAGGCCCAGAUGUAACCUGUGGUAGGAAGUCUGCUAUCAAAAAUUUGCAAACGUACACGGAUCGGAUCAAGAACCACAAGGAAAGCACAACUGUUGCAAAAGAAAUGACGCGGUAGCCUGUAAACCUGGAUAGUUUUGUUCCUCAUACAAAAACUCAAAUGUAAACACUGCCGAAUGUAGUUCUGCUAUCAAGCAAGAACCAUCCUGGAACAUCGACGAUGCUUGACUGCGACUAUAAGUGAGAUGCUGUCGCGUUCCUGCAAUACACAAACCAUAGGACGGGUAUUGCCACGAGUCAUGG